UUAUCGAAAACUCGUUUAGCAAGGUUCGGAAAAAACGUUCAUGACCUAAUGGGCAUCCGUAGUUAGCGAAACAAGUGAAACAAACAUGGCGUCCGACAGCGACAACGAUGAGGAUUUUGUGACUUAUGGCAUACCUUUAGAGCCUCUCGAGGAAGACGAGCCCCUGAAAAGGCCAGUUCCAUUGCACGACCAGACGGUGAAGGAUGAGAAGGGUCGCUACCAGAGGUUUCACGGAGCCUUCACCGGAGGCUUCUCCGCGGGCUACUUCAACACUGUCGGCACCAAAGAAGGGUGGACACCUUCGACCUUUCUUUCAUCCAGACAGCAAAAAGCGGAGAAAAAAAAUGCCAGGCCGGAAGACUUCAUGGACGAUGAGGACCUUGGGGAGCAUGGUAUCGCACCCAGAGAGAUCACAACCACAGAUGAAUUUGCAUCCAGGAGAAGGGAUCAGAUCAGGGACAAGGCCAGGGCUAUCACCUCCAUGUCUGCCCCCAUACCUGGUGACACACUUCUGGAAGAUCUGGUCUCUCCAGCCAAGUCGUCCAUGGGGGUGGAGCUACUGAGGAAGAUGGGGUGGAAGGACGGCCAGGGGGUGGGGCCACGGGUCAAGAGGAAGGCUCUUCGGCAGAAGGAGGAACCAGCUAGAAGAGGCUAUGGAUGUGUUUUGCCACCAAACGGCUCAGAAGAAUCUGAGAAAUCUGCUAACCUACAGGAGAACGAUGGCGAGUUUGCCCCAGUGGAUGUGACCUUUGCCCCCAAGGACGUCGUUCCGAUUGACUUCACCCCCAAGGUGGACGUGAAAGGGCUGGGCUACCAAGGCCUGAACCCACAGCAGGCGCUGAUGGGGGGCGGUGGGUCGAGCAAUAUCAACCUGUUCACCAUGGACUCAGACAGAGCCAGCAGCCUGUUCGGCGACAACCGGCAGGGGCCCAAACGCAGGGGCGGAGUGGCUGGACAGGCGUUCGGAGUGGGAGCCAUGGAGGAUGACGAUGACGACAUCUACCACCGCGACACCAUGUCCAACUACGACAAGGUGCUGGGAGGGGAGGAGCCAGGGGACGGCCUGUAUGGCUGGACCGCCCCCCAACAGUACAAGAAAAAGAAGGACUACAGCAGAGAUGCCUCUUACAUUGGUAAAAUUCUGGAAGGAUUCACCCUGUCCUCAGGGACUGAAAAGGAAAGAAAAAUCUUCCCCCCUCCCAUCCUGCCCAGGGACUUCCGGCCAGUGCACUACUUCCGUCCGGUGGUGGAUAUGUCCAGCGUCAGCCCCAUCGUGGCCCAGGCCUUGAAGACCUCCAGGGGCCACAUGGCCCAGGAGCAGAGCCAGCCCAUAGGCCGGUACCAGCUAGACUCAGCCCACCGGAGGGAUAUGCUGGGGGAGUCAGCACUGCAAGGACCCAGCUCUGUGUUCGACCUUCUAAAAUCAGAGGACAGAGAGAAACUUGUCUCUCUACGCAACACCACCGCCGCCACCACACCCUCCAGCGGACUAGGACCUGCCAGCUCCGUCCCCUCGGCGGGGUCACACUCCGCCAUGGUGUCUGCCGGCGUGGCGGCCGCGGCGGCCAGGGCCUCGGCCCAGAAGGCCAUGGCCGGAAGGUUCCAGCCCCCUGGGGAGCAGGAGCACCAGGCUGUGACUGCAGCCUGGAGCGGCCCCACUGCCCAGGCCCAGGCCGGACAGGCCUUCAAGCCCUUCGAGAAGAACCCCAGCAAGCAGGCGCGCUAUGAGCUCUACAUCAACCAGAUCAAACAGGGAGACAAAGAUGCUCUUGAACAGAGUCUGGACCCGGGCAUGACAGAGUGGGAGAGGGGCCGGGAGAGGGACGAGUUUGUCCGUGCCGCCCUCCUCUACAAGCCCAGUAGCUCCUCCCUGUCCUCUCGCUUCACCCGGGGGAAAACCGAGGAGGUCGGGGACAAGGUGGAAGUGACCCGUGACCAAGAGAACGAUGUGGAUGACAAGCAGGCAGCCGUGAAGAUGAAGAUGUUUGGCAAGCUCACCAGGGACACGUUUGAGUGGCACCCUGACACACUACUCUGCAAGAGGUUCAACAUCCCUGACCCUUACCCUGGAUCUGGAAUUGUGGGGAUGCCCAAAGUAAAGAGGGAUAAAUUCUCCGUCUUCAACUUCCUGACGGUGUUGGACAGUCCUACGCCCGCCGCUGGGCCUCCUCCACCAGCCUCUUCCAAGCCCUCAGAGCCUGGGAAGAGGUCCAGGUGGGACCAGUCUGUCAAGGCGGAGGAAGAGAAGGAUCCUCUCAGCCAGUUCCUCAGCGCGGCUCGUAGCGAGGCCUCCGCGGCCUCUGGGGCCUCCGCGGCCUCUGGGGCCUCCGCGGCCUCCGGGGCCCAGGACGAUCCAGCCGCCUCAGCCUCAACACCAGACCCCACCACCAAGGAACAGGAACAGCAGGAAGCUGGGAAGGAGGAGGAGGAGGAGGAGGAGGAAGAGAGCAGGCCAUCCAUGGACCUGUUCAAAGCCAUCUUUGUCAGUUCUUCAGACGAGAAGUCAUCCUCGUCUGAGGAGGAGGAGGAGGAAAAGGAGGAGGAGGGAGAGGGCGGGCGAGGCACGGCUGACUCUGUACUGGACAGCCUGUUCAACAUCAACAACAAAACUGCCGCUGCCUCAUCACGGACGCAGGCCAAGUCCGACCACACAGAGCUGACCUCCACCAAAGCGCAGACAGCCCCUGCUGGCUCCGCUCCUGCUGCCUCUGCCCCUCCCCCUCCGACACAGGAAGAGGAGGAGUUUGGCCCCCGACUCCCACCCCCUUCAUCCAUAAAAACUGAAGGGAGCCGGCCAUCCUUGAGUCCCUCUGCGAAGCAGGUGAAACACAAGAAGAAGUGCAAGGAGAAACACAAAGCCAAGAAGGUGCACAAACACAAGAAGGAGAAAAAGCAGAAGAAGAAGAACAAGAAGCAAAAACACAAAGGGAAGAAGAAGAAUAAGAAGGAGGUGAUCGUCAUCAGCUCCUCUGACGAAAGCGAAACGGACAGUGAAGAAGACGGAGACUCUGGGGGGCCGUCUACAGAAGAGCUGCUCAAAAGGUUGAAAAACAUCAGUGGGCAGAAGUGAACCUGAAUCUCUGGAGGGACAAUCUGUCCUCUGUGAGGACUACUGAUGUUUGUACUUUGAAUCCUUUAUUGUUCAAUACAUAAGGACAUACAUUUGCCAUGCGAUUCUCAUGUAAUGAGAAUAAUGAGCAUGAGAAAAAAAUAUUUUAUGACUGAUUUUUUUUGUCAAGCAUUCUUGUCGUCCCCUUAAUAAUAAAUAAUAGCUGAUUUUGUCAUU